AGAAGAAGCAUUAUAUGAGUAAGUGUUAUAGAGCAAUAUUAGAAGCCAUAGUCCAAGCUCUAUUAAAAAAAAAACCUAAUAUUGUUAUUAAUCUGGUAUUGUAUACAACUAUUGAAUCUGAACUUUAUGAAGCUGGAUCAGAAAAGAUCCUUGCAAAGAAAACAAGAGCUCAAGAAUGGGAUGAUAUUGACCUCACAUAA